UCGCGGAGUCUACGGGCGCCGCUAGCCUGUGCAACUUUUUCUUUUUUAAAUCGCGGUUCGCGCCAACGAAACAAUUUGCGGAUUCCUUUUUUGAUUUUUUUUUUUCUUUUAUUGGAUUAUGGAUUCUUGAUUUGUGUUGUGAUUGUGAAAAAACAUGUGUUUAGUAAGAGUGUUUGUUUCAUGUUUUUAUUGAAGACGAGAAAAAUUGGAUUGAAUUUUCGGUUAACGUGCAUGAGCGCGCGCCAGGAUGUCGGCCGUGAUGAGCACGCUGUCCAUGAUCAGCGGCGGCCGGCGCGCGCACCGCAAGCUGGCCUCCAGCCGCAAGUCGGGGCAGUUCUCGGACGCGGGCGAGGACACGCAGCGCCGCCACGAGCUCAGCAAGCAGCAGCGCUCCGCCUCCUUGCAAACUUUGGAGACAGGCGGUGGCCCAGGGGUUGUUAACCUCGAGAACCUGGAAGCAAAGAUGGCGAGCAUCGAGGUGUCCCUGGCGGGCGCUCGGCGACGGGGCGCCACGCGCGACCUGGGCCGGGAGCUGGACGCGCUCCGAGCUGCGCUCAGCGACAAAGACACCCUGAUCCAAAGCUUAAAGAAACAGUUGAGCGCAUCUCUAAGCGCGGCCCGACUGGCGUCCCAGGCUGCGAGCCCGGCCGCCGCGCGCGCCGGCUCGCGCCAGGAGAGCGCGCUGUCGGCUGACGACAGGCGCGCGCUGGAGGAACGGGCCGCGGCGGUCCGGGCUGACCUGGACGCGAGGCGGGACAACAUACAGGAACUAAGGAAACGGCUGGAGAAGACGCAUGUCACUGACAACAUCGACACACGUAUCCAGCAAGCGGAGCUGCAGUACAAGCUGGGCCGCGAGGAGCUGGAGCUGCUCACGCUCGGCGAGCAAGCGCGCGCGCUGCAGCACCUCAUCGAGCAGUGCGACGCGCACAACCAUCGCGCUACUCUCUACAGUACGGUGCGCGAAUGCGGCGGCAACGCAAUCCUGGUGGUGGCGGAGGUGCGCGAGGGCUCGUGGGGCGCAGCCCCCCGCGGCGCCGGGCUCGUGAUCGACUGGCCCGGAGACAACGUGGCGCUCAAAACUGGGGACAGAUUGCUAGAAGUGAACGGCACGAGCGUGGUGUCGUGUCGCAGCGUGGAGGAGCUCCAGCGGGCGAGCGGGGCCGGGGCGGCGCGGCUGGUGUUGCUACGAACACAGCAGACCACUGGGCAGCUCCUGACCAACGGACACCAGCAACCGACCAAUCAACAUUCAAUACACCAGAAUACUUUUACACAGAACGAGGCGAUAUCACUGCGGGCAGAACUGAACGCGUUGCGCACAGCCUCCGAGGAGACAGAGAAGGCCAAGGAGAGCUUGCGGUCGGACAACACGCGGCUCACACACCGCAUCUCGUACCUGGAGGAGCAGGUCGCGGAGCUGCUGGCGCGGCACACACAGGUGCAGGCAACCAGCAGCAACGACAGCUGUAUAACCGUCAAUAAAACUAAGAAAAACGUCACCAACAUCAACAUCACGUCGGAGCCGCAGUCCAGUUGCAGAAGUCCCAAGUCCGAGGUGCAAGUGUUCCAGAAGGGGCCCGACAUCACGGCCAUCGUGGCGAAGCUGCCCGGGCUGGACGGCGCCGAGGCCAACCUGCCGCUCAUGAGGCCGCGCUCCAACGCCUCGGGCGCCUCCUCCCGCGCGGCCGCCUCCCCCCGCGCCUCCCCCGCGCCUCACCUCCGCUCGCACAGCUCCCACAGCCUCGAGCACAAGGCCGGCCGCAUGAGGCACUCCCUGUCCCAUCACUGCAUUCACGGAGCCGUAGACUACAGCGCCGAAACCGACGCCGCUAUCCGCAUGAUCGAACGGAACCAAAGACACAUUGAGAAACAACGCUUGAAAUCAGAAAUUAUGAACAGAUCCAAAGAGGAAUACUUCCGAUCGGACAGCGAUAUGGAUUUGAAGGAUUCAGAGAGACAUUCCAGUGUAGGCAACGUGACAUGCGAUCCGAAGCAUUUCGAAAUAAAGAAAGCGGCCGAUCGGAUAGAGGAGAGUAUAAAGAAAACCAACUGGGCCGAAAGGAAAACUCUUUCGAUCAUCGAGCAGCUGAAGCGGUCGCAGCGUCUUAGGAAGAUGAAGAAGAACGACAGCGCCGAGGACGUACAGCUCGAGUCGGAGAAACAUUACAUGUACCGAAGAAUAGACGGGAAAGUGCUCGAGAACGCGCACAAGUCCAGUCGGAGAAGCUCCCGACUGCACUCGAGGAGCGCCAAGUCUUCGGAAUUCGAGUCCGAAUGUUCGGAUUAUCCGAACGGAGACGUGUACGGGAGUACUCCGAGGAUAAAUUACGGGUCGGAAAGCUGUUCGACGAGGUUGAGCCAUUACAGGAAGAACGACGAAAGGUCGGCAGAAAAGACAAGGCCGACGCCUCCUAGAAAGCCUUUAAGGUUGUCGCUUCACAAGGCUCGCAGCGCGCAUUCCCUGACGAACGGGAGCGAGUCGGAGACGCUGCAGAGCGCGGAGCUGCCGGAGCCCAAGCGGCCGGUGAAGCGCUCGCACGGCGCCGACCGGAGCCGCGCCACGCCGCGUCCGCCGCGUCGCCUCGCCGACCUGGCCGCGCCGCCCGCCGACCGCCUCUACCCCGCGGACCAGCACGGCCUCAACGGGAAAUGGUGCUAACGUCUCGACCCUACAGCGGAUACCGCUUUUAUUGCGCUGGAGACAAGACUGUGACAAAAUGUGACCUGUAUUACAAAACUAUAGUUUUCAAUGUCUACGUACAAACGCUAAUGAGAAAAAGAGAACAAUAGUUCACACAAAAGUAGACUCUUAAACAGAGAAAGAUAUAGAUACUCCCUUGAACUAUCAAAGAGACGCAGAGGCUAGAAUGUAAUAAAUAUGUAUAAAUAUAAUGAUAUACUACUAUUAGUACUGUAUACGCACUCGCGCCGAAGCCGUACCUUGCGUGUAAAUAUAUAAGUUAAGCACCCACCGCGUAAAUACUCACCUUUAUAUAUAUGUAAUGUUAGGGACUUUUGUAAAGCC